AACUGACCCCUCCGAGCCAUGUUGGUAUGAUCCGGGUCAAAGGUCGUCGAGGCUCGAGCAAGAUGGCGGUCGCAGCAGUUUGGAGAAAAGCAGAACUUUUCAGAUCCGUAAAGCUUUCGGUUCACAGGUCAUGGUUCCAUAGCUCAGCGGUUCUUCCUCAGGAGUUCAGUCCUCCUCCUCAGUCGCGGUUCUUCCCGCCGGCUGAAGGCUCCAUGCUGCCGACAGGAAGUUUCAGUAACAAAGUGGCGUUCAUCACAGGAGGCGGGACAGGACUGGGCCGGGCCAUGACCACCACCCUGUCCCAGCUGGGAGCUCAGUGCGUCAUCGCCAGCAGAAAACUGGAUGUCCUGCAGCAAACAGCCGAGGAGAUCAGCAGCCAGACUGGAAACAAGGUCCAUGUGGUUCAGUGUGAUGUCAGAGAUCCUCAGGCCGUCUCUCGUUGUGUCGACCAGAUGGAAACUCUGACAGGACUUCCAGAUGUGAUCAUCAACAACGCAGCGGGAAACUUUAUCUGUCCGUCAGAGCGUCUGUCGCCAAACGGCUGGAAGAGCAUCACAGACAUCGUCCUGAACGGGACGGCCUUCGUCACUCUGGAGCUGGGCAAGAGACUGAUCCAGAGUCAGAAAGGUGCAUCCUUCCUGGCCAUCACCACCAUCUAUGCUGAGUCUGGUUCUGGUUUUGUGGCCCCGAGUGCGUCAGCGAAGGCUGGAGUUGAGGCGCUCUACAAGUCUCUGGCUGCAGAGUGGGGACUCUACGGCCAGAGGUUCAACAUAAUCCAGCCUGGACCAAUCAAAACCAAAGGGGCGUUCAGCCGUCUGGACCCGACUGGAACCUUUGAGAAGGGGAUGAUUGACCGGAUCCCGACCGGUCGACUCGGGCAGCCGGCGGAGAUUGCUAACCUGGCAGCGUACAUGAGCAGCGACUACGCCACCUGGAUGUCUGGAGCUGUGAUUCGGUUCGAUGGAGGAGAGUAUGUGUCGAUGGCUGGAGAGUUUAAUGGUCUGCGCAGGGUGACUCCAGAUCAGUGGAAGGUAAUGGAGGCAAUGAUCAGAAACACCAAGGGAUCCUAAAAACACUCCAGCAAUCCUCACUGGACCACAACACCCAGUCAGAUCACAGUGUACAGGUGGAGCCUCUCACCUGCUGAUGUCACGUUGAGGAGAAAAUGUGACAGAUCUCUGCUCUGAGUUUUGAUGUUGUACUUGACGGUUGAUCGUCCACUCAGCUUCGCGAACAGAAACGGGAUGUCAUGUGACCAGCUGCACAUGCUCAGUGUGAAGGUCAGCAGCUGCUGUUUAGACUUUGAGGGUUUGAAGGUUUGAUUUUUAUGUCAGGCUCAGAUUUAUGUUUUAGUUAUUCUGUUCUUUGAGUUUUAUUUUAGUAUUUUGUUACCUGCUUGUGGUCCGUCUGUGAGUUCAGAUGGCGAUGAGAUGAAUGUUUUCUGAUGUGGUUUGGAGAUUUUUGUAUCUCAGCUGAUUUCUUUAAUGUGGAAACUGUUUCUUCAUGUUUAUGCUAUAAACAUACAAACUCUUAACUUCUCACAGCAGCUGAGAAACAGUUGAGAUGUUUAAAAUAAAACAAACUAAAUCA